AUGAGGCAUGAUAGAAAACCCCCUAGAUUUUUUAAAGGACCGUAUUCAGGCUUAAGCAAGUCUCACUCUAGAGGAAGUUCAUCCCAAGAGAAAAGUAGCAGUGGGAGUGGUUCUGGCACUAGCUCAUUUAGAGGGCCAAUUAAAUGUUUUCGGUAUGGAGGGCCACACAUGCUGAGGGAUUGUCCACACCUAAGGACAAACUGCAGAAAUUGUGGGAAGCUGAGGCAUACCGCCAAUGUUUGUUGGUCUCUAAAGAAGAGUGGCAGUACAAGCUCAGCUCAGAGACCUGAAUCCAGAAGGAGUACUGGGCCGAGCACUGGGCUGAAGCCGAGCAUACUAAGGAGAGUCUUUGCUAUGAGCAGGGCAAAGGCAUCACAUCUGAAUUUAUAUAUUACUGAAUUGCCAUGUAAUGUUGUGGUGACUACCUCUACGGGUAAACCGGUUGUGACGUCGUGGGUAUGCUUGGGAUAUGCAAUCAUGGUGCAUGGUAGGAAGUUCGAGGUAGACUUGAUUUGUUUACCUCUUUCUCAGUUAGAUGUAAUUUUGGGGAUGGAUUGGCUCGCUGCCAACCAUGUGUUAUUGGACUGUAGAGAAAAGACGUUGAUCUUUGGUGCAUCAAUGUUAGAAGUUUCAAGACUUUUGAGCCAUGGAGCAUGGGAAAAUGCGGUGGAGGCCAAGGCCUUCAUGGUCAUGUUUUCAAUGGAGGCUGAGAGUGUAGUGGAACUAGAGUGUAUACCAGUAGUGAGAGAGUUCUUGGAAGUGUUUCCAAAAGAUGUUUCUGAGUUACCGCCCGAAAGAGAGAUAGAGUUUACUAUUGAUCUCAUUUUGGGAGCAAGUCCGAUUUCUAUGGCACCUUAUAGGAUGUCACCGGUGGAGUUAGCAGAGGUCAAGAAGCAAGUGGAGGACUUAUUGUAG